AUGGAUAAACAACUACAAAACUCUAAUAUGGCCUCUAAUGAGCCGGACCUUCCUGCCCUCUCCGGUGACCCCCAGCCUGGUGACCUCAUUGAGAUUUUCAGACCAGCCUAUCAGCAUUGGGCUCUCUACCUGGGAGAUGGUUACAUCAUCAACUUAACUCCUGUUGAUGAGAGCCAGGCAGCCGCCAUGUCCAGUGUGAAGUCUGUCUUCAGCAGGAAGGCAGUGGUACGCAUGCAGCUACUGAAGGAGGUGGUGGGAAGUGACUCCUACCGUGUCAACAACAAGUAUGACCACAACCACACACCCCUCCCUGUCUGUGAAAUCAUCCAGCGGGCACAAGUCCUCAUUGGCCAGGAGGUCUCUUAUGACUUGCUGGGGAGCAACUGCGAGCACUUCGUUACCCUUCUUCGUUACGGGGAGGGGGUGUCUGAGCAGGCUUCACGAGCCAUUGGGGCCAUCAGUUUGGUGACGGCAGCAGCCAGUGCCUUCUCUGUCCUGGGACUGAUCAACACACGGUCCAGAAACAGGCCUUUCUGACAGCUGUCGUCUUCACUGAAGUGUUUUCCCUAAAUUCAU